AUGGCUCCUCCUACUAUUGCUGCUAGUCAUAAAGCAACAGUGUGCAAAGCUACCACUGAUGGUUCAAGCCUGGAACUCCAGGCAGAGGCCGACCUCCUCAAGAACGCAGCCGCGGCCCAGGAGCGCGUUCGCCUCGCCGCCGCCGCUCUGGACAAAGAGCGCGCGCAGGCGGACGCCCUGGAGCAGCAAGCAGCGACCGUCCAGGAUCGCAUCCGCAGUGAAUCCCACCGCGACGACGACUACGACGACGACACCCGCUCCCUCUCAUCUGAAGCAGCAGCCAUCGCUCACCUGCAUAGUCAGGCUGCCGCCGUGCAGAACAUCAAGAACCUGAUCCCGAUCGUCCUCGAUCUUCAGGCUUCCAACUACUCCAAGUGGCGCGGCUACGUCCUCCUCAUCCUUGGCCGUUUUGCCCUGAAAGAUCACGUCCUCUGCGACGACUCCCGCCCCUACGAUCCGGCAUGGUCUCGCAUGGACUAUGUGGUUGUCUCCUGGAUUUUCAACACCAUCUCCCCCGACCUGCUGGACGUCGUCCAUGAGCGGGACGGCAUCACCGCUCGGGGGGCAUGGCUUGGGCUGGAACAACAGUUCCUGAACAAUCGCGAGUCUCGCGCCAUGCUACUCGACGCCGAGUUCCGCACUCUCUGCCAGGGUGCUCUCUCUGUCGACGACUACUGCCGCAAAAUGAAGACCAUGGCCGAUGCGCUUGCUGAUCUUGGCGAGCCCAUCCAGGACCGCACCCUCGUGCUGAACAUCCUACGCGGCCUCAAUGAACGCUUCCAGUUCAUGUCACAACUCAUCUCUCGGUAG